CUUUCUGAAGGCACCAAAACGGCCAUCACCCCCUCUUGUCUCAGACCGGUUUGAAGGAAGAGCUGUCGCAUUGUACUAAACCAGAAACCAGCAUCGCUUUACGGAAAGGAGCGCCUAUAGGGCAGCAGCAACUACGGCGUAGUAUACCUAUAAAAACAAGCUUUUAUGCAAGACAAUCCAUCGUGGUAUUGAACUUGAUGCAAACCUUGGAACAAAGGAAUAUAUAGCAACAUCCGUGUGGAAUACUGAAGCCCAAGACGAAAAAUUGAGGACCCGCGCAUGGUCAACACAACGUCAUCGCGCCUGCAAAAACGUUGCUUUUUAGCGCAAACCUAAAAAGAAACUUGUAAAGUAAACCAAUAACAUUGACGUUAAAAUAUACUGUAUCCACCGCAGGGAAAGAAUACAUUUUCAGAAAUUAACGUCAUUCUAUUCUUAACCAGUUCAAUACCAAAUAUAGGCAUUGUGUUAAUAUUAAAUGUCCUUGAACGGUGCCCUGGUUUGUGGUAACAUUGCCAAAGUUUAUAAUACAUUUUAAAAAACGCUGAGCUGAUAUUAAGUGAUGUAAUAACGUGCAUGUUUGAUCAUACAACCAACGAGUAGCCUACUAGACUAUAGGGCCCAGCUAAUUAUGUUUUCUCAAGAAGUUUGCAAGGCUAGUGUUUCCAUAUUUUAUUACCCCUGCAGAGCAAGCCAAUAAUAGGUCUAACUCGGUCGCUUUGUUUGAAUGACUGACUGUCAACAGAAGCCAUUUUUAAACCUGCUUUUUAAUACGCCGUUUGAAACAUUUGCACAUACAUCGAUCUGGGCUCUAUAGAUCAAGGCGCUGAUCCUCAAGAAACCGUUUUUAAAAUAUAAUUUCCUCUUCUAUUUAUCACCUGAAUGAGCCUACAUUUUGAUUUCCCAACAUGACUUCCUACAACCGUGCAGAUUCAUCCUCAAUACCAGUUUUAUUAUCCACGCUUGUUUUGAUGCUUGGCUUGGCAGCGCGAUGCGUCGUGCAGGCCAUGCCUUCGGAGGAUAGCCCUCAAGCGGCCCAGGCAUCAGUCAGCCUCCCGUCCCUGGUCACGGGGACCUGCAAAGAUGUCCACAAAUACGUGGAGUCCGUGGUGGGAAACAAUGUAAUCGAAUCGACUGUUGAGUUCUUUGAGAUGUUGAUCCGGUUUCUGGCUGAAGGAGCUGCCAGCGGCCUGAAUGUCAUUGCGGUUUACGUUACAGAGAUCCUCAGGGUCACAGGAGUUGAUGUCCAGCUGCCGUUCCCUCACUUCACACCGGAAGGCGUGGCCUCGGUAGGUCAAUGGGCUCUGCUGGCUCUGAUUGGCUACUGGGUGCUGUCCAUUGUCCUGCGCCUAUUGGUGGGCGUGGUGAGGAGGGUGUUCUGGAUGCUGAAGGCGGGCACAGCGCUGUGGCUCUUCGGCCUGAUCGUCAGCGAUACCAAGGCUGGUUCAGACACCACAGCUGUCCGGUUGGCAGGCCUGGUGCUCGGGUGUGCCCUUCUGGGGCUUGCCAGCUACGGAUCAGAAAAGACAAGCCACGUGGAAGACCGCCUGAGCAUCCUGGAGGGAAGGGUGAAGGUGGUGGAGAGGAGGAAGGGAGAUGAGUGAUGGGAGGAUAGUUGGAAGGAUGAUGGUCUCUGUUUCUCAAGUGAAAAUAAAGCAACCUCUGGGAUUUUUUGAAUGGAAAUGCACGUCAGAAAGUGGUUUCUCAUUUCUUAUCCCAUUAGGUGUGUUUGUUACAUAUAAUAACAUCUGAAAUCUAUGAUACAUGGAGAAUACAGGUAUUUUUUUUUUUUUUAAACGAACGGACAAGUAUUCAAGUGGUUUAAUACGUUUGUUUUACUCCAAGAUACGUCACACAGACCAUUUUAAACACAAUGGUUUUAAAUGGUUUAUAUUCUCUCUUGCAAGGCUGUCAGUGUUUGCAUUUACAGUAUCUUGCCUAGAUUGAUUCUAAAUUACUCACAGAAGAUAUUAAAACAGUACAAUACAUGAAACCACAAAGCCAAGAUGCAUAAGAAAAAGUACAUCUCUACAGUACAUAGUAUUUGUUAAAUGUAAGGACACUUCCACACUGGUCUGCUAAUCAGUUUUAAAGCAACAUGACAUGUUGGUCUUUCAGCCUGCCACAGCAACCAUACAUACAGCGUGGUGCAUUUUGCUGAGGUAAUAUGCAGCAGUAAGAAAGAAAAGGCUUUGGAAUUAAGGCACUCGGAGAAGAGGCUGGAAAGAACAGAAACCUUAAUUAUAUUACAACAGCAAGAUCAUGACGGAUGCUUAGAGCUGAAUUGGCAUGCAACAAUGUGUGGUCUACAAUUGUUAUCCUAUUUUAGGCCAUUGUAAAUAAGAAUUUGUUCUUAACUGACUUGCCUAGUUACAUAAAUAAUAUAAUAAAUUACUAUUCCAUCAAA